CUAGGCCCAGCCCAAAGCUCCGCCUAGCCCGCUUAGGCCCAGUUCUCCUUGUCCUUGACUUCUUUUCUGUACAGUCACACUCGCUCAUUUUUGCUCAAUCUCCGAGAUUGAGAUGGCUUCUGCUUCAGCUUCCGCUUCAACCCGGUGGUUCGUUCAGUCACGGCUCCCUCCUCCUCGUAAUAACGGGCUGCACCGGUUACCCAAUACCCUCCUCUCUCUUUCUUCUUUUUCUUCUUCCAAAGCAGUUGCAAUUGCAAUUUCAAAUCCAACUGAGAGGAAGAGGUUUGCUCAAACCGCGGCUGUUCGGCAUCUCGUGGGUUCCGUUACCACCGCUCACGGCCUUCGUUUUGCAGUCGUUGUUGCACGGUUUAAUGAGAUUAUCACAAAGCCACUGCUAGAGGGAGCUUUGACUACUUUCCACAAUUAUUCUGUUCAAGAAGAAGACAUUGAUGUGGUCUGGGUUCCUGGUAGCUUUGAAAUUGGUGUAGUUGCACAAAAGCUUGGAAGUUCGGGGAGAUAUCAUGCUGUUUUAUGCAUUGGAGCUGUGAUAAGAGGUGAUACAACCCACUAUGAUGCUGUUGCUAAUUCAGCAGCUUCUGGAGUACUUUCAGCUGGCUUAAAGUCAGGUGUUCCAUGCAUCUUUGGUGUGUUGACUUGUGAUAAUAUGGAGCAGGCUUUAAAUCGAGCUGGUGGUAAAUCCGGAAAUAAGGGGGCGGAGGCUGCCUUGACAGCUAUUGAGAUGGCGUCUUUGUUUGUACACCAAUUGAAGUAGUGUAUUGUUACUCUCGAGGAGAGAGGCAGGGAAUGUUUUACUCGACCAGCAUUUUCUGUAAUGAAUGUGCUUGGUGUUGUUCCUUUCUUGAACUGCUGCUAGAGCCAUACUGUCCCAAACUUUGUUUAUUUUCUAAAGCCCUGCCAGAUGAAUCUUAAUGCUGAAGCUGAAGAGAAACAAAAAGUGAGUAUAAAGAGUUUUGAAUAAAGUCUCUCUUGCUUCACACAUUAGUUUUUGUGUUUCGAUUUCACCCAUUGGAUGUCAUAGCUACUUGAACAGUAUUGGUGGCAGACUAGUUUAUUUUUGUUUGUGUACAUUUGCACAAUUGCACCCGAACUUUUCAUAUUUAGGGAGUGGCUUUUACAUAAGAUGUUUAACAGUCCGACAGAUUUAACUUGUAUGCUUACAAUAUCAAUGCUUUUUGGUGAGGAGCCACUGGUUGACGGUUUCAAUCCAAGAAAUGAUGCAGACUUGCAGUGUUGCUUUGAGAGGGAUGGGAA